CAGGUAAUGCUUGCGCUAGUAGGCCCUGUCAGAAUGGAGGAACAUGCAGCCCUACUGGUGCAUCGUACAGCUGUGCAUGCCCAGCUGGAAUAAGUGGAGUCAGCUGCCAAAUCAAUCCAUGUAGCAGCAAUCCUUGUUCCAGUGGGAGUGUGUGCACAGUUUCUGGCUCUGGCUACAUAUGCCAACCAAUCAAUCCAUGUAGCAGCAAUCCUUGUUCCAGUGGGAGUGCGUGCACAGUUUCUGGCUCUGGCUACAUAUGCCAACCAAUCAAUCCAUGUAACAGCAAUCCUUGUUCCAGUGGGAGUGUGUGCACAGUUUCUGGCUCUGGCUACAUAUGCCAACCAAUUGCCGACCCAUGCAGCAGUAACCCUUGUAUUGCUGGCUUCACGUGUGUGGCCACUGGUUCAACCUAUACAUGUCAACAGGUUAAUCCAUGCACCAGUAAUCCAUGUGGUAGUGGGUUUGUGUGCACAGUCUCUGGUUCCAGCUUCAGGUGUCAACAGACUCCUAAUGCCUGUGAGGGUGUAAACUGCAAUGGGGGGCUGUGCUUUGCAUCAUCAUCCAAUCCAGGCGCAUAUAGGUGCCAGUGCCCAGUUGGGCAAACAGGGGACCAUUGUAUGAUAACGGAUGCAUGUGCUGGCAGGAACUGCAACGGAGGAUUAUGUUUCACGUCAUCCACCACGCCGGGUGCAUACAUCUGUAGUUGCCCUCCAGGCUUUGUAGGAACAGACUGUGAAACGGCCGUCAACCCAUGUGACAGCAACCCUUGUGAUCCUGGUUACACUUGUUUCAGGUCUGAUGCAAACUACUUUUGCCAGUCCCCCUGUUCAUCUGGGCCUUGUCAGAAUGGAGGUGUUUGUGCCGUGCAAGGCACUGGCAUCAUCUGCUCCUGCCCAAAUGGAUACUCUGGACAGUUCUGUCAAACCGAACCAGAUGCCUGUUUCACUUCGCCGUGCCUGAACGGUGGGACGUGUCGGCUAAGUGCUUCAGGGGGCUUUAUUUGCACCUGCUUAAGUGGCUACCAAGGCACUCAGUGUGAGAGAUUGGUUGAUCAAUGCGCCAUUAGUUCACCGUGCAUGAAUGGGGGGAUUUGCACUCCGAUUGGUAACAGCUAUGUAUGCCAAUGUACCACCGGCUACACAGGCACCAACUGCCAAACUGCAACUGCAUGUGUGUCACAGCCCUGCCAGAACGGGGGAGUUUGUUUUGAGCUGAAUUCCGAGCAGACGUCCGGCUUCUUCUGUAACUGUCAGUCUACUGGAUUCAUGGGAGUGACAUGUGCUGAUCCUGAGGUGUCACCCUGUGUCUCUAAUCCAUGUUUGAACAGUGGUACAUGUCAAACCGUUGGGUCUAGUUAUCAGUGUCAAUGUACAGCCAAUUACUCUGGCACAAGGUGUGAGAGGUAUAUAGGUCCAAGCCUGGCUUGCAACAGCAACCCUUGUCAGAACUCGGGGAAUUGUGUAGCCACCUCCAAUGGCUACACCUGCAGCUGCCCAGCGGGGUAUACAGGACAGCAAUGCCAACUUGGACAGUGCAGUCCGUCCCCAUGCCAGAAUGGUGGGAUAUGUUUUCUCCGUGCUGGUGACACUGACUUCUUCUGCAACUGCCCUUCUGCCUACACAGGAGUCUACUGCGGGGAGCCUGUCAACCCCUGUGAUGCCAACCCUUGCAUGAAUGGUGCCACUUGUUUUGUCUUGUUUGGUGGGUCAAGUUAUUACUGCAACUGCCCACCGAGUUUCACCGGCAUGGAAUGCCAGUCCCCGGCAGACCCAUGUCAGCCUAACCCAUGCCAGAACAGCGGUGUCUGCAGCAUCAGUGGCAAUAGAUUUUCAUGUCAGUGCCCGACUGGCUUCAGCGGUCCAACCUGUGAAAUCCGGGACCCUUGUGCGAACAACCCCUGCCGGAAUGGAGGCACUUGCAGCAGUGGCUCAGAUCUUUCAUUCACUUGCCAGUGUCCUCUUUACUAUUCCGGGAUCUACUGUGAAGUUUACACCCCACCAGUCAUGCCAUGCGACCCCAACCCGUGUUUCUCCCAGGGAACCUGCAUUCCCAUUGGCACCACAGGCUACCGAUGUAGCUGCCCAGAGGACUACAGUGGCAUUCGCUGCGAAAUAUACACCCCACCCAAUCCCUGCAACUCCAAUCCUUGUGGUGCUAACGGCAAUUGCAACAGCGCUGUCACCAGCUUUACCUGUCAGUGUCGGAAUGGUUACACCGGCCAGUUCUGCACCACACCUCCAGAUCCAUGCACAUCCCUGCCGUGUCGUAACGGGGGCCAGUGUACACCUCUCGGGACAUUAUACUCAUGCAACUGCUCCAACACCAUCUACACAGGAGCCAACUGUGAAAUCCCUCCCAAUCCUUGCUCAUCCCAACCCUGUCUUAAUGGCGGCGAGUGCAUCAAUCGCAUCACCAGCUACGAGUGUAACUGUGUGGUUGGCGGAUACUCUGGAGCAAACUGUCAAAUCCCACCCAAUCCCUGCGCAAACCUUUUCUGUCUUAAUGGGGGUGUUUGCGUGAGUGGCGCAUGUGAUUGUUCCAACACAGGUUACAGUGGAACAACCUGUAAUGUAUUGAUGGAUGCUUGUUUCUCCAAUCCGUGCACCAACAAUGCCACCUGUGUCAACUUUGUGUCAUACUUCCGUUGUGAAUGCCGACCAGAAAACCUUGGCACAUACUGUGAAUUUUAUAACAACCCAUGCUUGGCCACACCCCCUCCAUGCAGGAAUGGUGGACAGUGCAUUGAUCUUGGUGGCUAUAUGUACACAUGUAAUUGUCCUGCUGGCUACACAGGAGAUUCAUGCGAAACAAGAGUGGAUUACUGCAGCAGUGGUCCCUGCCAGAACGGCGCAACGUGCCACACCCUGACAGACAGCUACCGGUGUAAUUGCAGGACAGGUUAUGGGGGAAUCACGUGCAGUGAAGUUGUCCUGUCUUGCGUCUUGAACCCCUGCCAGAAUUCGGGAACUUGCAUCGAUGGACCAGAAGCAACUUACACCUGCAGCUGCAGUAAUUUGUAUGAGGGUGACAACUGUGAAAUAAGGAAGGAUUACUGUUUGACAAAUGAUCCCUGUCAGAACAACGCCACAUGCCAAAAUCUGUUUAGCACUGUUGGAAUUGACUACCAAUGUCUCUGUCCAAAUGGCUUCUUUGGACAAGAUUGUGAGCUAGAUAUCGACGAAUGUUACAGCACCCCUUGCCAGAAUGGUGGAACCUGCCGUAAUCUCAUCCACGAAUUCCGAUGUGACUGUCCUUCUGGUUACGAGGGCAUCUUUUGCAAUAUAAACAUCAAUGAAUGCAUGUCUACACCUUGCGAGAAUGGAGGCACGUGCAUCGAUGGCAAUGAUGGAUACACCUGUUCCUGUCUGCUCGGUUACCAAGGCGACAACUGCGAAACAAAUAUCAAUGAGUGUGUGAGCAAUCCAUGCCAGAACAAUGGAACAUGCAUGGACCAGGUGGCUGGCUACACCUGCAACUGUGCCAUUGGGUGGGAGGGCGACAACUGCCAGAUUGGCAUCGGUUGCCGUUUGAACUACAAUAUGCGGGAGUGUGACAUGGUGGAAAUCAACAGUCCCAACUACCCCAGCAACUAUGAAAACAAUGCCGACUGCCAGUGGAUCCUGCGUUCGGAAUCCGGCAACACGCUGACUGUCCUGAUCACCAGCUUCCAGACUGAGAUGACCUUUGAUGUGCUGGAGAUCGGCAACGGGGCUACAGUCACCCCGCAGAGUGUCAUCCAGCCGUACUCAGGUGUGGUGGACACGACCACACCCAUCGAGGUCACCUCGACGGGGCCGGCCCUGUGGAUUACGUUCGUGUCAGACAAUGACAAGACACAACAGGGCUUUGCAUUGACUGUAAAAGACAACUGUCCACCAAUGGAGCCACCUUGUGACAGUAACCCGUGCAUGAACAGCGGGGAAUGUGUGAACUUGGAGAACAAUGCUGGCUUCUUCUGCAAGUGCCCCACCAAGUAUACGGGCGUCACCUGCCAAGAAGAGAGGACCACUCCAUGUGACUCCAUGCCCUGCAUGAAUGGUGGCUCUUGCUUCUUUGAGAUCAGCACCAUUGGUGAUGCCUACAUCUGCCUCUGCCUCAGCAAUUUCACAGGGGUGAAUUGUGAAACAGAUUACAUUCCCCCUCCCAUGUGCACGGAUGACUUUUGUCUGAAUGAUGGUACAUGUUCUCUUGAUUCUAACGACAAGAAGGUGUGCAGUUGUGAUGACGGAUUCGCUGGAGAGCGCUGUGAAAGAGUGUCAUGCCCUAGUAACACGUGCGAGGAGAGUUCCACCAGGGAGUGUUUUGUGACGGCCACCAUGCAGUACCUGUGCUUCUGCAAUGAUGGGUACCAGGGACUGCGGUGUGAACAAGGUCCAUGUCCUGACAAUUACUGCCAGAACAAUGGAACCUGCGUUGUCCACAGCAAUGGCUAUGGCUGUCUGUGUCCUCCCCAAUACAUUGGUGCCACCUGUGGGACUGAGCUGAGCAGCUGUGCCCAGAUGCCCUGUCUGAAUGGUGGAAUCUGCUCGGAGAAAUCGGGAACCUUUAAUUGCACCUGCCCCAAAGGGUUCUCUGGGAUUAUAUGCCAGGAUGACCCCUGUUCCAACCUUGAUUGCCAGAAUGAGGCCACAUGUGACAAUAGUGUGCCUGAGGCACCAUCUUGUGUUUGCCGAGAGGGCUUUGAGGGCAGCAGAUGUGAAACAAAUAUCAAUGAGUGUGUCAGCAACCCCUGCCUGAAUGGAGGAACCUGUACAGACGGAGUGGCUAGUUUCAACUGUACCUGUGUCACAGGCUUUGGUGAUAUCGACUGUUCAGUUGAUUUAGAGCUCUGUGUUGGAGGCCGUUCAUGCUUGAACGGCGGAACUUGCAUGAAGGGCACAGGCAGCACGGACGGGGUGUGCAUCUGUCAGCCGGGCUGGGAGGGCAGUGUCUGCCAAAUUGAUACUGAUGAGUGCGCCAGCAAUCCAUGUCUGAACAGCGGAGUGUGUCUGAACCGUUUAAACAUGUACAGCUGCUCCUGUCAAAAUGGUUUCAACGGGCCCAAUUGUGAGAACGAGGUGUCCACUGCUAGACCUCCCAACGCAGCCUCGACGUUGCUCCUGGAGCCCUGGUGGAUCGCCCUCAUCUGCCUGAUAGGGGUCCUGUUCAUCAUCUUCAUCAUUGUGGUCUUCUGCACCAUGAAUCGCAACCACGUUGAGAAUGAGAAGAGACACCUCGUCAACCCCUAGCUCAGGACAUAAAACAAUCAGCCGUGAGCAUUUUGCUUUAUUUUCCAGCAAACACGAGCAAUGCGGUGCACAAAGAUACCAGCAGUAUAAGUAGCCUUUAUUUAUAACUGCAUUUCAGUCAUAAGCACUUAUUUGGUUUUACCAGCAAUGCAUUUAAUCUCAAACCAAUAAGUGAACCAUCCUCCUGCUCUCUUGCAAUUUGUAGUCAAACUGUUGAAGGAAAGAGAUGUGUGGAAUUAUCAGCUAGAGAUCUUACACUCAAUUCCUGCACAUCUUACCUGCAAUAGUAGUUUCAAGAAAAGUGUUUCCUUUUCAUUGUAAAAACUUUCAGCGAUUUCUUAAAGGUGCAUUUUUAAUGAUUACAAUCAUAAGAAACACAUAUAUCGAGUGAGACUUCUUACAGAAAUUUUAUGGCUGAGCCAUACUAAAGUGUUUUACCAGUUAAUAUUGUAAUGCACAGUUUUAUAAAAUUAAAGACAUGAAAGUUGAUGUUUUAAGAUGUUUGAGACGAACCAUCAAUUGUCACGACAUCAAAUGGCGACUACUGGAAAAUGAACAAACUCCAGGUGUCUUUAGUGCCCAAUUUCACUUGACAAAUUGAUAUGUGGAGUCCUCGGGUGAUAUGUAAAAAGUACAGGAGUCAGAUCAGUAGGUAGUGAUUGCUACAAAGGAAUGCGUUGGUGUGCAGGUUGGACUUUCAAACUUAGCAUUUGAACUGGAUGAAACAGGAUUUGAUGGGAAAGAUUGAGGAUGAAACAGGAGAAGUAUGUUCCAUAUGAUUGAACUUUCCACUUUUAGCUGCAUGCAUGUAGAUUGGCAAGGUCUUUUCCAUGAGUAAUAAAUGAGUUUAGCUUGGAUAAAAAUAUACGCAUGUAGUGCAUGUGUGGUCAAAGUAUGUAUGCUCUUUUUCCAUACAAUCAUCUUUCCGUCUAAUCGUUUUCCUGAAGUUUGAAUUUAGUUUAGUUCAAAAUAAUAUGCCCAAUCUUUAGAAGCUUAAAUGAAGAUCAAUCUAUUUGCUGCCAUCCUUGGCAAACCUUGGCAAAAUUGCAUUUGGGGGAGGGAAUUCAGAUAAAAGUGAAUCUUUUUGUGAUGAGGUGUAUAUCCGUAAAAAAGAAAAAAAAUGGAAAGGUACACUGUAAUUUCUACUGCCAGGUAUUAGCUCUGUAUUUUUUUAUUACGAAAAUAUGCAAUGAAAGAUUUUAAAAAUAUAUAUUACUGAAGCAGCAUUGUAACAUAGAUAGUGUUGAUGAAAUGUUUUGACCCAUGAUUUUUCCUUUUCUUCUGUAAACAUAUUUUUAUGGGUAUCCUUUAUCUCAUAAAAUAGUCAUGCACCAUCUUGAUGAUCCUCUCAUUGAUGGAAUUGUCCAACUUAUUACAGUGCCUGUAAAGUGACAUUGGAAAGGGAGCAAUUACUGCAGAGUGACAGGUACAUUACUGUGGCACCAGUUACAUGGGAUGAACCACGAAUAGUUUUGUGACCACACCAACCCCUGGAUUUCAUAUUUCUGGCAAUUCAAAAGAACUAUUUGGAAAACAUCUUUUGCUUGUUUUUUGCAUCAUGGUCUGUCCGUAAAUGCAAGGUCCACAGGGACACACACGAGUAGAGCUGUUGUGCAUGACCCUCCAUAACAAGAGCACUGACCUGAAAGAUUGGUACCCCGUGUAUCAUCUCUGUUAGACACUGUGGAUGGCCCUAGUCUGGUCUGAUGUAUAGAAAAAAGUGCCAGAUAUUUUGAGCAGUAGUUGGUGAGGUACCUCUGUUGUAGAAGUGGGAAUUCCUAAUGGAAGGUUCACAUUUCCAGAUUAUCUUUGAUUCUUCAAAGUGGCCCUCUUCAGUGGUGAUCAGCACUUUGAUAACUUGAACAGAAUCACCGUUUUGCGACAGUUAUCCCAUACAAAACCCCAGUAGAGCGCUUUCUGCCUUUAAAGGGGGCAUCUCACAUGUCACCGGAUAGACUUCCAUACAGCUUCAUGUCAUCAGUGUCAAAAUGUGUGUAGCGUUAAUAUGCUUUUAUACAUGAACAUGUAGAGUCUAGUGGUUUAUUGCAUGUGUAUGAACAACCAGUUUUUUCCACAACCCAGAUCUUAAUAGCAAUUGGUCAGUUUCCAAUACUUCAAAUGCUGUCACACUUAUAAAGAACUAUAUUGGCUGAAGGGUAUAUUGGUAACAGGGUUUUUAUGUAAAAGAUUUUAUAUUUUGAGAAUGAAUCUGUACUUUUUUUCCUCUCAAGGCCCAGUACUUCAACCAUUGUCUUUCAAAAAGUGAAUCCUGCACAGCUUGGGUAAGAGCCAAAUCUCAAACCACAGUGCACAUUUCACUGCAGUAACAAGUAGAGAGAUUUUACCGUACAUGUAGUAAGUCAUUAUUCGCUGCACAGCUCAAACUGGCCCAACCCCCUAAGGCCAUUUUAUACUUUUGGUGAAUCUGAAAGCAAUGGAAAUUCAACAUUCGGGCACGUUUGCAUCUAAAUUUUGUUCAAGCUAUAAAAACGUGUUCAAGUUUUGUAAAUUCACAGCUCGAAUAUUUGAUCUGACACAACAACAUUGCAUUUCUGCGAACGUGUCUUUACUCUCUAUUUCAUUCAAAAUUUCCCAACUCGAGUAGUUUGGGCGAUACAGGGAAUAAAGAGACAAAACUCAAUUAACAUGUGGCCAGAGUGUGGAUUUUUUUUUCUUCCCCGCAUUUUUCUUUCACUAGCAUAAAUUUGAAUUCAGUGCCAUGAUUUAUGUGACUUUUGAAUUUGUGCAAGACCAUAAACCUGAAUUGAUUCCCAUCAAUGUGUGAGCAGUUGUUUCAGGCAUUAGCUGCUUAACCAAGAUGUUUUGAUUCUGCUUUUUAUAUUCAAAGUACAGGUUCUGCACGUUAGUGGAAAGUCUGUUUUUGUUUCGUUGUUUUUAGUACUUUUUCUACUUAUUGCGUAUUUAAUGCUCAAUAAGAAUACUGUACUUAGUGCAUUAUGCUCCAAUUUCAAAGGAGGUUUUAGAAAUUCUUGUAAAGAUGUGUACAUUUUUUAGUCGUUAUGAGCAUAGAUUUAUUUGAAGUACAAUUUUAUACAGCUGGCACUCUGAGAAAUAAAAAUCAAACUAGA